AUGAUGAGAAUGAUGGAGAUGCAACAACGCUUCAUGGAACAGCAGCAACAAUUUAUGCAGCAACAAUUACAACAUCAGCAGCAGCAGGUGACUCCUCAGUAUCUACAGGGGGCUACAAGUCGGAAAGAGCAUCAUGUCAGUUUGGUAGAAUUCAAAAAGUUUGCACCUUCAGCUUUUAAAGGCACUUCUGACCCUUUAGAGGCCGAGACUUGGCUGAAUGAAAUGGAAAAAGUUUUCAAUGCCCUGAGAUGCCCUGAUGAAGAUAGGGUCACUUUUGCUACAUUUAUGCUGCUAGGAGAAGCGGAUAUUUGGUGGAAUGUGGAAAGAGGAAAGAUGGGACAAAAUGCUGCAUCUUUGCCUUGGGAAGGAUUUAAGGAGCUUUUCCGUGAUAAGUAUAUUCCCCGAAGCGUGAGACGGCAGAAAUUUCGAGAGUUUACCCGGUUAGAGCAGGGGAAUAUGACGGUCGCAGAGUAUGCUGCAAAGUUUGAGGAACUGGCCAGGUAUGCCCCAGGACAGGUGGAGAAUGAAAGAGAACGAGCUGAAAAGUUUGAAAGUGGACUUAGAGCCCGAAUCAGACAACAUGUGUCUACCUUCGAGCUUUCUUCCUACAAGGAUGAGGUUAACAAGGCUUUGGUAGUUGAAAGGGGCUUGAAUGACACUCAAGAAGAGAGGGAAAGAAUUUUGAAAAAGAGGAACAGACAAGCUGAGCUACAAAAUAAGCAGGGCAGAAAUACUGAAUUCAGGCCCAAGAAACAAACUACUGUGAAUGAUAAGACUCAGCGGAAGGAUACUGUGAAAUGCUAUAGAUGUGGCGGACCCCACUAUCAGAACGAGUGCAACUGGUUCAAUGGGAAUUGCUUUUCGUGUGGCCAGCAGGGCCACAAGGCAAAUACCUGUCCUAAUAGCAGUGAGCAACAGGCUCGACAAAUGUCUCAGCCUAUUUCGGGAGCUCCAGCAAAUCAAGUAUCUCAGAAUGAACAACAACAAAGAGGACAACAGAGGUCUAGAACUCAGGGACGAGUUUAUGCUCUUACACAACAGGAUGCCAAUGUCUCUAACAUGUGGUGA